AUGGCACAAGACAAACUCAAGAACGACCAAACUGCCCCUUUUGACAGCCGCUUCCCCAACCAGAACAAAACGAGGAACUGCCGACAGAAGUACCGGGGGUCCACUGCUAAAGAAGGCAAUGAGUGUACAUACAAGUCGCUUUGCCCCAUAUCCUGGGUGUCCACCUGGAAAGACCGCUGGGCUGAAGGCACCUUUCCUGGGAAGGUCUGA